AUGGAAAUCACAAAAGUUCACAGAGUCAUCGAGUUUUACCAAUCAGCAUGGCUCGCUGAAUAUGUUCAAUUUUGUACAUCCAAAAGACAAGCAGCUACAUCUGAUUUUGAAAAGGACUUUUAUAAACUCCUUGUCAAUUCAAUUUAUGGUAAAACCAUUGAAGAUGUACGAAAGCAUCGUACAGUCGAAAUUGCACUUCAGGAUAUUGAAGCUCAGAGGCAUCUACGCAAGGAUCAGUGUCAAAGAUUCAUGAUAUUGGAUGAAAAUAAGAUGAUAUUCUGGAUGCGAAAAUUGAGUGUCAUGAUGAAUAAACCGAUAUCAAUUGGUUUCACAGUUCUGGAGUUGGCAAAACUUAAGAUGUUCGAAAUCCAUUAUGACACUUUCAAACAGCAUUAUCGUGAUAAUAUCAAUAUGAUUUAUACUGAUACAGACUCACUGAUCUACGCAAUCAAAACGCAAGAUAUAGUGAGUGAUCUUCGAUAUUUCUCUUCAAUCAUGGACUUUUCAAAUUACCCCAAAGAACAUCCUCUAUACUCGAAUGUUAAUAAUAAAAAAAUCGGUUAUUUGAAGGACGAGCUUGCUGGUAAACAAAUUGGUGAAUUUGUAGGAAUUCGUCCAAAACUUUAUGCUGUGAAAACUGAGGAUGAAGUUAAAAAACGAGCUAAAGGAGUUCCUCGUUCAAUCCUCAAAAAUAAAAUUACUUUUGAAGAUUACUUAACCUGCCUUCAUGAUCACAGAAUCACUAGUGACACUGCCAUUACACUACAAUCAGACCAUCAUAAUAUUCAAAUGAUUCAAAGAACCAAAGUUAUGUUAUCACCUUUUGAUGAUAAAAGAUAUUGGACUGACAAAUUAACCUCAUACGCGUAUGGUCACUAUAAAAUAGACCAGUGA